UUCACUGACAGUUGGUGGAUUUAAAUCUGCUCUGAUUAAAGGAUUCAAAAUGCAAUAGGAUUAAGCUACGAGGAUACAAAGAUGUCGUGGAAUCCGUUCGCCGAAGACAUACAAAAUCCCAUAAAGAAACUCAUCCAUGCGCUAUCAAAUUUCGAGGAGAAUACUCCAAUCUUUGAGCACAUCUUCAAGUAUGUCAUGCAUGAGCUGCAGACUGGGGAGUCAGUGUUCUAUAUUACGAAGAAGGAAAUCGAUGAGAAUGUUGAGAGUCUUUCCGAUAAGUUCAUGUUCCAUGGCUUUCUUAGACAGUCUGCUGACAUCAAAAGUUUACAUGAGAAGUAUUUGAGUAACAAUGUAAACAAAGAAGAGAUGAAAACCAGAUUGGGAAUGAUGAAACUGUUGUUCUGCUUGUCCGAAAGCCCCACAAAUUUCUUUGCAAAAAUGCCAGCUGAUUUCAAAUAUUAUGAGGUGAAAGAGGAGGAGGAAAUCGAUUGGGGCAGUUAUUUGAGGGAAGGAAUUGAAGAAUGGAAUCCAUCUGCAUAUUCUGAUUCUGAUGAGUGGAGUGAUGAAGAAGAAACGAAUGUGUACAAUGAAAGUGCAUGCGUAAGAAGUCCUGCGGAAGUUACGCAAGUCAAUUGUCGUUUUGGCGAUAGGUCGCCCGAAAUCCCCAAAGCGGAUGAGCAUAAAAAAGAAUGGGAUUUGGCGAUGAAAAGUGUGCAGAGUGGAUGGUUUAAUAGGAAUUUUAUUUUUAUGAAGCCGGAGAGCGUACAUCCUGAAGCUAAUGUUGCGAUUUUAUGGGACAAGCAUUUGCUGCAGUCGGGUUUAUCCUUCGGAAAUCCGACCAACAUUAUUUCCGAAUACAAAAUGGUGCGAGAAGUGAUUUGGCAGCUGUGGGAACCCCAUAACAGUAUGAUCUACAAAUUUUCAGGAAACCAGUUGGUUCCUAAAGAUGACAUCACUAUUUCCAGUUGCAGACCAGAAGCUUUGCAGACGUUCCUUUGGGAAUUCAUUCCAUAUAUCGAAAUGUUACAAGAAUUUCGUGCAUUUGAAGUGAAAGUGACUAAUCAGGAAUUUUCAUCUACUGAAACUUUGAAAAGUUACGCUGAAGCUUUGAAAAAUAUUCUUUCUAAAGGGAUUGAAGGUGUUGUGGAAUUGGAGCAGAAGAUUAUCGCGCAAGAGGAAACUAUGACGCUUUUAAAACUAGCAUCGUUUUUCGAGCAAAACUUCAAAACCACCAAAGCUCUGCUGAAAAUACACAGAAACAAUGUUAAAAUCCUCGAAUCUGAUGGAAACGAAUACAGGCUUUUGGUAGCUUUACACGUGGGUAUGCUAAGGGCUUAUUCGAAAUCUGAACAGGAUAUAUAUUUGAGUAUCUAUUUGGAGAGUUUGUACAAAUUCGUGAAUGUCAUCGAUACUUGGCUGAGUCGAGGAAAUUUGGAGAAUUCCUACAAUGAGUUUCCUAUUAUCAAUUCUAAUGUAGAUGAGGAUGUGCAUUCGGCGGAUUGGAAAAUGAGGUUUUCUGUGAAAGAAUUACCAGAGGAAAUCUUAAACGACGGUUUUUUCCAAGUCAUAAUAAACGAGGUGCUGCAAAUUGGGAAAAACAUCCAUUUGCUCAAGUUGUUUGGAAAGUUGCAUUUGGUGAAUCAGUUGAAUAAUUCUGUAUCUUUGCAUGAUGAGCUUAUCGUUCGUGUGAUUGCUUCGAUUGAAACUUACUUUGAUGCAACCAAAGCUAUAGAACUACCAGAUUUGGUGGCUAGUUGCAGGGUGAACGAAAGUGGGGACGUUUACAGAUUCCCGGCGAUGUGCUCAGACUUUUGCAAGUACACGACCGAAAUGGACAGAUUGGAGAAUUUAGUCGAUGUGUCUGAUAGCUUUUUGAUGAGCGCUUACCGCUCGUUCUACGUGACCGAGGAUGAGGCUCAGACGGAGCCGAAGACGCCCAAAUUGCACGAAAGGAUUUCGCUGAUAACGCAACGCAUAUUCCCAGCGCAGCAGAUUAUAGAAAACACUUUCAGGGAGAUACUGAAAGAGAGGUAUGGGGCUUCCGGACGCGUCGUCAAGAGCUUAUUGUUUUCGGAGCACAAAUUGGAGACGCAUCUCAAACUAUUAAGCAACAUCUUCCUAUUCGAAGACGACGUCAUAUUCCCGUUCUACAGGAAACUCUUCGAAAAGAUCGACAAAGGUGGGAAAUGGGGUAACGACAUCUGGUUGACAUCGCAUCUUCAAGACAUCUUGAUGGACAUCUAUCCGGAGCACUACGACCGCGUCAACGUAUUAGUCAAAGACGCUUGGAGGGAUUUCCUGAACGAUCCUUUAAAGGCAUGCAGCAUGCUGCGUCUCCACUACGAGCUAAAUUGGCCCGUGAACGUGAUCAUAAGCAAGCAGAAUCUAAUCCUCUAUAAGGAUUUGUUCGAUUUCAUCCUGCAGAUUAAAUGGGCGCUGUUCACCUUAAACCAUUUACAUUUCGCCGACAUCGAACGUAAAAAGGUCAAAGGGAAAACGGGUAAGGCCGUGCGGAUCCUGCAGAUGCGCCUCAAGGUCCUGCGAUUCGGAUUAAUUAAUCUCUUCAGCUCUAUGCAGCAUUACGUGCUCGGUUUCGUUUUUAAUAAAUGCAGGGCGCAGUUCGCCGAGGAUUUAGAUUUGGCGCACGACUGGGAUACUUUGAUUUCGGCACACUCCAAGUUUAUAAGUGAUCUGCACAAAGUCGCCACUAAUUUGCGCGACAAGGAGGAAAACAAUUACGGAUUUUAUUAUCUUCUGUAUGUUGUGCGGUAUUUGUGGCUCAUGUGGAAGGAUCUGCGAGAAGUUGAGCUCAGAUCGUUGGAGAAGUAUGAAAACGGAUACAAGAUUUGUUACGAGAAUCUCACCGAGUUCAUCUUACCAACUGAAUCCUUCUAAAUCAGUUUUAUUUGUU